AUGGACGUUGGGUUUCCCUCCCUCUUCAUCAGUGACCUCGCCCGUUGUGUUACCAUGACAGAAGAGCUCGCCUCCUCCGCCAUCUACAUCGUCCUGGAGCUGUUGAUCGCCUUGUUCUCCGUGCUGGGCAACGUGUUGGUCUGCUGGGCCGUGUGCCUCAACAGCAACCUGCAGAGCAUCACCAACUUCUUCGUGGUGUCGCUGGCGGUGGCCGACAUUGCCGUUGGGGUCCUGGCCAUUCCCUUCGCCAUCGCCAUCAGCACCGGUUUCUGCUCCAACUUCUUCGGCUGCCUGUUCAUCGCGUGCUUUGUGCUGGUCCUCACACAGAACUCCAUCUUCAGCCUGCUGGCCAUCGCUAUAGACCGCUACAUAGCAAUCAAGAUGCCACUCAGAUACAACAGUUUGUUGACAAGCCAACGAGCUCAAGGUGUCAUCACCAUCUGCUGGGCUCUAUCCAUCAUCAUUGGUCUGACCCCCAUGAUGGGCUGGUACAAAAAAGAGCUGCCCAAAAGCACCAACAACAGCUGCUCACCUGGCUUCAUGAGGUGCCUGUUUGAGGAGGUGGUGGACAUGGAGUACAUGGUCUACUUCAACUUUUUUGCUUGUGUACUCAUCCCCCUCCUGCUGAUGCUGGCCAUCUACUUGUGUAUCUUCAUGGCAGCACGCCACCAGCUGAGGCUGAUCAAAAUGGAAGUGGUUUAUGGAGAGAAGUCACGCUCCACUCUGCAAAAAGAAAUUCAGGUGGCCAAGUCUCUGGCCAUCAUUGUGGGCCUGUUUGCUGUCUGCUGGCUGCCUCUGCACAUCAUCAACUGCUUCAACCUGUUCUGCCCACAAUGCCAGCGUCCUCCUCUUUGGGUCAUGUACGUGGCCAUCAUCCUCUCCCAUGCCAACUCUGUGAUCAACCCCUUUAUCUACGCCUACCGCAUCCGGGAGUUCCAAAAGACCUUCUGUAAGAUUAUCCGUCGCCACAUCCUGGGCCAGCAGCAGGUGUUGAAGAGCAGCGGCAGCGAGCGCAACUCUACUCACAACAGCAUUGCGGGCUCCAUCAGGCUCCACCCAAACACCCUCAACUCUGACCUUUUUGCAGAGCAAAGCAACAGUAAAAACUCCUACUGCUGUCCUGCUCAUAUUCCACCUGUAGGGAGCAGCCUGUUGGCAAUGGCUCAGUCCCCUCUGUCAGUCGUCAUCGCCCACUGCUCUCAGACGAAGCUAUGUGCGCUGCAUGCUCUCAGACAGACUGAAGUCCCUCUGGCCCAUCAUCAUCGACAUUCUGAGGAGCAGGAGCACAGCUGCACAGGAGCAGAGGUCUUGGAGGAAAUGGACAAAGUGAACCUUGACUUGGAUCAGGCCUCACCACUGUUCAACAAGCAAAACAGGAAGACUUGUUUUUGUGAGCUGGAAAGGGAGUCAUGACACAAA